AUGGUGCUGAUCACCAACCUGAUACCACCCCAAAUAGGCACCAUUGCAGUUGGACCGUGUGAUAUCGUGUCCAAACGCGCAAUUAAGUAUCUAGGGGUGAUAAUCGACGACAGACUCAGCUUCACGAGUCCUGUCGACUUCGUGAGUAAGAGAGCGACAAUGGCCACGGCUGCACUCAUACGGAUGAUGUCAAACUCCUCGGCAACCCGCAGUAGUAAGAGGAGGAAACUGUCAAGCGUGACCACGUCAAUCUUGCGGUACGAAGCAGCGGACUGGUGGCAGGCCCUGGGAAGACAAUGUAACCUGCAGAGACUUAGCAGCAUUCAGCGGCUGAUGAACCUGCGGGUUAUCAAUGGAUACCGGACCAUCUCGUCAGAAAACGCCUGCGUACUGUCGGGCGUCAUGCCUAUCUCAGUUUUGCUAGGAGAGGAAGUCUUCUGUAACGACAACAAAGACACGCCCGACGUACAAGAUCUUGCCAAUGAAAACUCGAUGUCUAACUGGCAGCAGCUGUGGAACAGCUCAGCGAGAGGAUAUGGACCCAUCGUCUGA